CAAUGAAGUACUGUAUAUCAGUCGACCAACGAACUCAGUACCCAGUGAAUAGCGAGCAAUUCAAGUUGAUCGUGUUUCUAGGAGCAGCUAACCAACUUAGCCGCCGCCAGCAGCGGCGACGCCGACCGUUAAGCUCCAUGUCUGAUGCAAUAUUAAGACACCGCGUUGCACAACUCAUUGAGCCAGGGUGCUUUUAUUGUUCUCUGCCAUCUCCACCUCUCUUUGCCAACCGAUCUGCUUGUCGAAGAAAUCAUCAUCGAGCACAUUCUUCUCUGUCCAUGAAUGGGUGCCAAGGUGACCCAAGAGCCCCCAUCGGAACCAUCCAAGCUCAAACGUUUCCUGCUGUCUCGAGCCUAUCACUGGCGAUGGAAAGCCUCAAUUCCGCCAUUUCGAACCUCCUCAACUCCGACCCUCUGCCGUUUGACUCUGGCAUUAUUCGCCUUCAGGUACCAAUUAAAGAGAAGAUUGAAACACUCGCUUGGCUGCAUGCCCAAAACCAUCUUCCACUCCUCCCGCGCUGUUACUUCUCUAGUAGAAGCCGAAUCCUUGACACCGAUCCUUCAUCCAUUAAACAUCUUAUUGCUUCCCAUCCAGUUCUUUCAUCAUCAUCAUCAUCAUCAUCAUCUCAAAAGCAUAGGGUGGUGAGUGUAGCUGGCCUGGGCUCGGCUGUCUUCUUCCGCGACUUACGCCCUUUCUCAUUCGAUGAUUGGCUCUCCAUUAAGAGGUUUCUCUCCAAGGGAUGCCCUCUAAUUCGUGCUUAUGGUGCUAUUCGCUUUAACGCUACUGUAAGCAUUGCUUCAGAAUGGAGAGCUUUUGGAUCAUUUUAUUUUAUGGUUCCACAGGUUGAGUUAGAUGAGUUUGAGGAAAGUUCAAUGAUUGCUGCAACUAUUGCUUGGGAUAACUCCCUCUCAUGGACAUAUCGGAAGUCUAUCAAUAAACUACAGGAAACAAUGUGUGAGGUUUACACUGUAGUUGAACAUUUGGUGAAAAGAGUUCCCGAUACAUAUGUACUCCAGAAAACUCACAUUCCCGGAAAAACAUCUUGGGAUCAGGCUGUUAAUCGUGCUUUGCAUAUGAUAAAGGGGGAUUACUCUACUCUGAUCAAGGUUGUACUUGCUCGCAGCAGCAGAGUUGUAACUGCUAUAGACAUUGACCCUUUGACAUGGUUAACUUGCCUGAAGUACGAAGGAGAAAAUGCAUAUCAGUUUUGUUUGCAGCCUCCUGAAUCACCGGCAUUUAUUGGAAAUACUCCAGAGCAAUUAUUUCAUCGAGACCAACUCAGCGUUUGCAGUGAUGCUCUUGCUGGCACCCGAGCUAGAGGCGGGACAGCGCUUCUAGAUCUUAAGAUAGGGCAUGAUUUGCUUUCCAGCCCAAAAGAGCAUUAUGAGUUCACUAUAGUACGAGAGUGCAUUAGAAGGAGACUGGAGGCUGUGUGUUCCAGUGUGCUGAUUGAACCAAAGAAAGCUUUGAAAAAACUUCCAAGAGUCCAACAUCUUUAUUCCCGAUUGUCUGGGAGGCUUCAAAGUGAAGAUGAUGAGUUCAAGGUUCUAUCAUCGCUUCAUCCAACUCCAGCAGUUUGUGGGUAUCCGACAGAAGUUGCACGGGUUCUAAUAGCAGAAACUGAAACAUUCGAUCGAGGAAUGUAUGCUGGCCCUGUUGGUUGGUUUGGAGGGGAAGAGAGUGAAUUUGCAGUUGGAAUCCGGUCAGCGUUGGUUGGUAAGGGUCUUGGUGCAUUGAUUUAUGCUGGAACAGGGAUAGUCAAAGGAAGCAGUUCAUCUUCUGAAUGGGAUGAACUAGAGCUGAAGACAUCACAGUUUACCAAACUGAUGAAACUUGAGGUUCCUGCAUUGUCAAUGAGUGGAAACGAGAGGAAUAUUAACCAAAGGGGUUGAUGAUUAUCAGUUUUACAUUCAUUCAGAUUCCUUGUUGAGAUUGAGAUCUGACCUUCAACUUGCAUCCUUGUACUUCUGGUGCAGACAACUCCCCUUUUAUCUUUUGCUUCCGCUAUACACACGCCCUCUCCUGCCCAAAAGAGGCAAAUAUAUGGGGCAUCAAAUGAUGACAUAUUUCUUAUUAUUUGCGAGCGAAUGUCAGUUGCAUGGUCAUUGCUGUAAGAAAUAUCAUACAUUAAAAGUUAAGAGCUUAGUGUUAAAUUAUUGGUAUAA